AUGGUGGUCUUCGUCGGCGCCUCCAACUUCAGCACCACAGACAGCUCCGUCACCUCCACCGACGCGUCCCCGCGGGACUCCGAGGCGGCGCACGCGGUCGCCGGACUCAGCCGCACGGGACACACGGUGGUCGCAGUAUGUCUCGGCUUCAUUCUGGUUGCGGGGAUCCUGAACAACUUGCUGACUUUGCUGGUGUUUGCAAAGUUCCGCUCCCUGUGGACCCCCAUCAACCUGAUCCUGCUCAACAUCAGCCUCAGCGACGUGCUGGUCUGCGUCUUCGGGACUCCGUUCAGCUUCGCGGCCAGUCUGCACGGACGCUGGCUGAUCGGGGAGGACGGUUGCAAGUGGUACGGGUUCGCCAACUCCCUCUUUGGUAUCGUGUCUCUGGUGUCCCUGUCGGUCCUGUCUUACGAGCGCUACGUCACGGUGCUACAGUCCUCCAGGGUUGACAUGACGGACUUCAGAAAGGCCUGGCUCUGUGUCGCUGGCUCCUGGCUCUACUCACUCUUCUGGACCCUUCCUCCUCUACUGGGUUGGAGCAACUACGGGCCAGAGGGCCCCGGCACCACCUGCUCGGUCCAGUGGCACCUGCGCUCACCCACCAACGUCUCCUACGUGCUGUGUCUCUUCAUCUUCUGCCUCCUGCUGCCUCUUCUUCUCAUGGUCUACUCUUAUGGACGGAUCCUGUUUGAGAUCAGGCGGGUGGGAAAGAUCAACGUGCUGACAGCGCAGCGGAGAGAGCAGCACAUCCUGGCCAUGGUCCUGUCCAUGGUGUCCUGCUACAUGCUCUGCUGGCUGCCCUACGGCAUCAUGGCGCUGAUCGCCACGUUCGGAAGCUCGGGCCUCAUGACGGGCAAGGCCAGCGUGGUGCCCUCCAUCUUGGCCAAGUUCAGCACCGUCAUUAACCCUGUCCUGUACAUGUUCUUCAACAACCAGUUUUAUCGAUGUUUGGUGGCCUUGGUGAGAUGCCAAGGAGAGUCCGAGCCAGAGCCGGGAGCGGAGCCGCCGACCCAGAGAACCCCUUUAUCAGGCUUCUUCCGUGGCCACCAACAAGCUUCUCUUAGUUCUUCGCCUCAGAACCUCAGCACGUCGAGAGACGGGGUCCUGAUGAGUCAGCUGAAUGAGCGACACACUCUGGUCGUCCACCUCUCGCCAUGAUUCCUCUGCUUUUUGGAUGAACAU